ACUAACUGCUCAGCCAAUAUCAACUUGACCCACCAGUCCUGGUUCCAGGGCCUGGAGCCACACUUCCAGCAGUUUCUGCUCUAUCGCCAUUGCCGAUACUUCCCCAUGCUGCUGAACCACCCGGAAAAGUGCAACGGUGACGUCUACCUGCUGGUGGUCGUCAAGUCGGUCAUCACGCAACAUGACCGCCGGGGCAUCCGCCAGACCUGGGGCCUGGAGCAGGAGUCGGUGGGCGGGGGCCGAGGUGCCAGGCGCACCCUCUUCCUGCUGGGCACAGCCUCCAAGCAGGAGGAGCGUGCCCACUACCAGCAGCUGCUAGCCUAUGAGGACCGCCUCUAUGGCGACAUCCUCCAGUGGGACUUUCUUGACAGCUUCUUCAACCUGACCCUCAAGGAGAUCCACUUUCUCAAGUGGCUUGACAUCUUCUGCCCCAAUGUCCGCUUCAUCUUUAAGGGCGACGAUGACGUCUUCGUCAACCCCACCAACCUGCUGGAAUUUCUGGCUGACCGGCGGCCAGAGGAAGACCUGUUUGUGGGUGACGUCCUGCUGCACGCUCGGCCCAUCCGCAAGAAAGACAACAAGUACUACAUCCCUGGGGCCCUGUACAGCAAGGCCAGCUACCCUCCCUACGCCGGUGGAGGCGGCUUCCUGAUGGCCGGAGGCCUGGCCCGGCGCCUGCACCAUGCCUGUGACACUGUGGACCUUUACCCCAUCGAUGACGUCUUCCUGGGCAUGUGCCUGGAGGUGCUGGGUGUGCAGCCCGUGGCCCAUGCGGGCUUCAAGACGUUCGGCAUCUCGCGGAACCGCAACAGCCGCAUGAACAAGGAGCCGUGCUUUUUCCGCUCCAUGCUGGUUGUGCACAAGCUGCUGCCCUCGGAGCUGCUGGCCAUGUGGGGGCUGGUGCACGGCAACCUCACCUGCUCCCGCAAGCUCCAGGUGCUCUGACCCCGGCCCGACCACCAGCAUCAGCUGGGGCUGCAAUGCCAGGGCGGAUGGAGCCUUGGUCCCCUGCAGGGCAGUGGAGGGUCUGGAUCUGGGCCUUGUGUGCUCCUGGGUGUGGGGGGCACAGGUAGCCGGGGGCCUCCCUGUGUGGACACUCUCCAGGAAGCGGAGCUGAGGCGCAGGAACGCUUGGAACGGCCCAGCCUGGAGAAGGUCCUCUGGGGAGCGAGGCUGCUGGCAGCCCUCCUAACUGGGUUCAUUGCCUCACUCCCUCUGACCCGGUGGGAGGCCCUGGUGGCCUCUGAAGGAACCCCAUGCUCAGGUACCUGGGCGAGGCCAGGCCCUGGAUGGCUCCGUGGCUGCCCUCUUGAUUCACAGAAGGUUCUUCUCCUGUGAAAUGCCUCAAUCUCCCUGCGGGCCCAAGCAACCUUUUCAGGAGAAGCUCAACCCUGUGCAGGCUCACAGUCCCCCCACACCCACUCCGAGCUCCUUGGUCUCCUGGAGACAGAGCCUCAGAACCCCCUAGGCACACCCUCCCUCCCCCCCAGACCUGCCUGGAGUUGGCUGCUCAGCCCCCUCUGCUCCCAGGUGGCUUCAGACCUGGCUGCGUCCUGUGAUGCCCCGACCGGCCCCUGCCUGGAAGAACCUGCCCCUCUGACUACCUCAGCGAUCCUCAGAACCUCCGGAUGGCAGCAGCCCCCACCCCUGACGCAGGGCUCUGCCCCCCAAGUCACGGUGCUGCCCAACCAGCCCCAGCCACGUGCCCUCCUGCGGCCCCACUGAGGUCUGACGCCCUGGCCGGAAACCAGCCGGUUUGACCCUGGAAGUGGACAUACCUCUAUUACUGUGAAGUUCUAUUUAUGAAGAAUUUGGAGGAAGAAGGCGCCAGGCCUCAGGAGAUGGCGGUGUUCCUCCCUUCCCUCAUUCCAGCAAGACGACUCCUCCCUGGGCCACCCUGACCCACCCCCAGGGCACCCCGGUGCCUGGCACAGCCCCCUCCAGAACCCUGCUGCUCCAGGGCCGGACAGACCAGCAUCUGCUCCUGUGAAGGCAGGGAGUGUCCCUUGGGGGCCGCCCCGCCCAGGGUCAGGGGUCCUUGGGGUGGGUGCAGAAGGAUGUCACCUCGUAUCUCGGGGUAAAGUCACCUGGGAAAAGAGUGAGGAAUUGACUGUUUUCUCAAUAAAAGGGGAUUGGGUUU